AUGGCAAAUCACGCAAUUUUUUACGGUGCGACUCAGUUGGUACUACAGGCUCAUAAGGAGGCCGUGAAUUCAUUGGGUGAGAAUGGUCCUGCAAAAUUGGGAACAGUUGCAACUGUUGUGGCUGUAGCCAAUGCCACUGCAAUUGAAGCAACAAAGGAGGUAGAGGCUGCAAUGAAGAUUUCCCUGCGGGCAACUUUGGGCUCAACUACAAAUAAACUUACCAAAGGCCAAUUAGAUGAUCUCACAAUAAUGAUGGAGACCCUUCGAGUUAAAGACGACGAACUCCACCAAUUGUUGCAGGAUAUUCGUGCACGUGAUUCUACCAUCAAUGAAAUUGAAGAGAAGUUACAGGAGACUGCAGAAGCAGUUGAAACUGCUGCUUCUGCAGCACGUUCAAUUGAUGAAGAGAGAAGAUUUUUUACGUCAGAACUUGAACGUUUUGCUUAG